GACUAAAAGUGAAUAUUGUGGAACGGUGCAUUAUACCAACGAACAAAACCCGCGUCUUUGGAACGCUCUGGUACUUUGCUAGCCGGAGCUCUCACGUCGUCGCCGGAGAGCCAUGGCUGAGAAGUUGGCUCCGGAGAAGCGGCACAGCUUCGUCCACAAUGGCCAGAAGGUGUUUGAAUGGGAUCAAACCCUAGACGAGGUCAAUCUGUAUAUCGACCUCCCUCCCGAUGUCCCCAGCAAACUCUUCUACGGCAAGAUCCAAGCUCAGCACCUUGAGGUCGGCAUCAAGGGCAAUCCCCCUUACCUCAAUCACGACCUCGCAGCGCCGGUGAAGACCGACUCUUCGUUUUGGACCCUUGAGGAUGGUGUAAUGCAUGUGACAUUGCACAAGAGAGACAAGGGGAAUACAUGGUCAUCGCCCAUUAAAGGUCAAGGUGUUUUAGAUUCUUAUACUGCAGAUCUUGAGCAAAAACGCCUUAUGCUUCAAAGGUUUCAAGAGGAGAACCCAGGUUUUGAUUUCUCUCAAGCUCAGUUCAAUGGAACAUGCCCUGAUCCAAGGACAUUCAUGGGUGGAAUUCGGUCUGACUAAAAUCUAUGGUUGAAGAGACGAUUAGUUUAUCGUCUUCAUGAAUAUCUACAUGCCAUACACUGCUGUGUAAUAAUAAACAUUUAGAUGUAUGUUAAACCGUAGAAGUUGCAGCACUGGCAAAUGUUUCCCUGUAAUCUGUUUGAAAUUUGCUUGCUAGAAAUCAUGGAUGUGCAUAUAUUUGAUAUUUUUCUGUCUUUA